AUGACACCUUCACUUCCUUGGAUGCCUACAACCCUACCCCCUGCCUCUGGUGUUAUGUCUCUACGAGGUCCUGGGUGGGGGGUAGUGUAUGGGAUAAUCUGUGGCUGUGGGGUACUGUGCAAUGGACUGGUCCUAGCAGUGCUGCUCAGCUGCCGACACACUCUGGUGUCUGACCUGUAUGUGGUGAACUUGGCCCUGGCUGACCUACUCUCUUUGCUUGGGAUGCCCCUUCUUAUCCAUCAACUUCUCCAUGACAGAGGCUGGGUUUUUGGAGACAUCCUGUGCCGUGCUGUGACUGCCCUGGACCUUAACAACCAGAUCACAGGUGUUGGCAUCAUCACUGCUCUCUGUGUGGACAGAUACGUGGCAGUGGUGCACUCAGCAACCAUGGGCCAGCGGAGGAGUGUGCGCUGUACGUGGAUAGUAACUGGUUGUGUUUGGGUAUGCUCACUCCUCCUCAGCACACCGGUCCUCCUCUACUCUGGAGUGCAAUGGGGAGAUGGAGUGGCUCUCUGUGUCCUGGAUCUUCCUGGAGCUCCUCCAUCGCUAUAUUGGUACACAUUAAUGCACAGUCUCUUGACUUUCCUCUUGCCAUUGUCAGUCAUUGUAGUGUUGUAUUCCCUCACCCUUCAUCACCUUUCUAGAGUUAUGAGAAGAGUUCAAAGGGCUCCGUCUCAGCGCAGUCGCAGAGUCACCAGGAUGGCUCUGGCUAUUGUGGCUGCAUUCCUAUUUUGCUGGGCUCCCUUCCAUGCAGUGCAGCUUGUCAAUCUUUUCUCCAGUGGGCCUCCUUCAAUCUCUACCUUCUACCUCAAUCAAGCUGCUAUUUGCCUGGGCUAUGCUCACAGCUGUGUCAGCCCGCUCCUGGUCAUCUGCUGCACUGAGGGCUUUCGGGAGAGGUUGCCUCAUGCCCGGUGUUGCCGUUUCCUUUUCCGUCGCUGGGCGGGGUUCUGGCCAAUUUCAGCCUUACCCCACCAUGCACCAACUUCUACUGUUAACAGUCCACCACUUGAUGGAUUAUGCACCCCUCAGCAUCGAAGAAGGACGAUACAUUUGGAAACCCCACCAUGUUCCAUUACUGAAAGCACUAGGAUCAGUCUGGGAGUAAGAGAUGAGAGCAGUAUCCUGUGA